AUGUCCAUAUUUGCAUGGCUUAACCCUAUCUUUUGGUAUCAGCUCAAGUUCUUCUCUCCUCACAAAUUGAAUGGGAAAUGGUUCUUUAUCAAGCGUGAAUUUUGCCUUCCAUACAAUAUCAUGCCUCAAAUUGAGGACAGAGACCUUCAUCUCAGAUGGAACCCCACAAAUGGCACCAAAAUCUGGAGAUGGAUCUGGACGUCCAGCCUUUGGCGUAGAUUCAUGUCCCAAUACGUAGACUUCACAGUUGGCCAACUGAAGAGAAGAGGUGGCUGCAUAUCAGAUAUGCAUACGGACGAUAGGUUGAAAAUUAGGUUCCCAGUUUACGCCAAAAAUAGAGAUCCUUACUAUCAAAUCCUCAUGGAGGCAAGAAACACGAGAGCAAGAAACUGGAGAACCUGGGGUAUGCAAGUCCCUGAAAAGCAAGGGCCAGGUCCUAACCUUGGUCUUGUCAAAAAAUACCAAGACUACGACAACAAGAUUUUCAGAAUGGCUGAUGAUGACUGGACUUAUACAGGGUUAGACACUUUCUUUUUGGCUAUGCUCCCAAAUAUUACAUUGAGAAAGUAUUGGAAUGAGUUCCCAAGAGUUAUGCCUUAUUUCUAUGGGAUGUACUUCACAAAGGAACAGCUCUUCAACCACAUCAGCUUUGGAGUCGACCCUGGAAACCAGGUUCUUGAUGAGCUAAUCAAUUCUUCUGAUCCUGAGAAAAAAGCAGAAGUAGAGGAAGAUAAUGAUAUCAUGGAUUACUUGUUCCCAAUUAGGCAGGGACUUAAAGAUCCAAACUAUAGACUGAAAUAUCCAUUCCCAGACGACAAUAUUUAUCGUCCUACCUUUAAUAGAGGUGGAAAUAGACAAUACUGGUCACGUGACGUGCUUUAA